AAUUUCUGUGAUUUAUUUUAAUGGCACGUUACUCAAACUAUUGUUGUUAUUGUCGCAAAUAUCGGUAAAACAAAAAUGGGGAUAGAUUAACCAGGAAGAACUAACAUCGAGGACUGAUGAGGAAUAAGUUUUGUUCAUUGUUUACAAACGGUAACCUACGAUUUCGUCGUUUGUUUUGUCAAUAGUAAACCGACAACAUAUUUCAACUCCGUAACGGAAUGUUUACCGAAAUAUUUUUUCUAAUAUUAUCAAUAUUAUUUACGUUCAUUUUCAACAUCAAAGUAUCUAUAGCAUAGCUAUUUAUUGAUCAAAUUUUAAUAUUUAUUACUAAAGUAAAUUUGUAUAUAUGUACAUUAAAAUAUUUAUAUUUUUUUUUAUCAAUUAUUAAUAUUUCUUCAAUAUUUUAGGUUUCAUUGAAAUGCAUUCUAUUAAAAUAUACUACUAGAAAUAUUUUAUUUUAUUUUAUUACUUUUAGCGAGGAAGAAGAAUCCCCAAGUAUAAAGUGGUAGGGUGAAUCACCCCUUUUGUUCGUGUAAACGUUCGUUGCCGAGUUUCCCUAUUCGUCGUCGACUUUCCUCAGGUGGGAAAAUGCACAUGUGACUACGUGUCGUUUGUCUAUUAAAUGUUCAUAUUACAGGAAAAAUAUACAAUCUUGCAUAAUAUUCGAAAUGAAUUUAAUAUGUGCAUAUUUGUAAUUCGCUUAACUUUAAAACACGUCUGCAACGGUUUUAAGAUAUCCCCCUACGAAUAUUAGUUCCAUUUGAAACUCGUGUAUUUUUAAAAGGUCGGUGAUAGUGAAGAGAAUACCAUUCAUGUUUUUUAUUCUAGUUCAAAACAGUCUUAUAUAAUAAUGGUUGAGGGACAGGUAUAAUAACAAUUAACAAUAAGUUUAUUACAAAUGUUAGAGAAUGUAAUAACAAAGACUAUUAAAGGUUUAUUAUUUGAUCGUUUUAAUACUGAAUGCAAAUUUGGCAAUACAAAAGAAAAUUUUUGCACGCAUAAAAGUUUUGCAACAUAUCCUGAUAAACAUAUGAUUUUUAUGUUUCAUGUUGUGACUAGAACUUUUAAAAAAAUAGCGUUAAAUUUUCGUUUUGUGCUAUUCAAAGUGCUUCUAAAAAUUUUAAAAGCAACCCAUCAUCAUGCUUUAUAUAGUCGGUAAUAACUGUCCUUCGAUGAGUCUCUCGUGGGAAAUAUCCAACGCACCGAUUAUUUGGCGAAUCGAUUUUGCAAGGGGAACUUUUGCAUUUAAGCAUUAAACAGCGUCUGAAGAAUAAAAAAGUCGAUCGAUAUCAUCCACACACAAUGACCAUUUUACACGCAGUAGUUAAAUUUAACUCGAUUACGUAUCGAGAUACUAUUAUUCACUAUAUGGACAUACAAUAGAAUCAGAAAAGACACAUUUUUGUUUUUUCCACAAACUGGCUCAUGACUUGCACGUACUAGUUAUGUUAAUAGAAUACGAAUAUAGUAACAAUAAUAGUAAGUAGAUUAUAUACAACAAGUAUAAGUAACUAUUAAAGUUAAAUUUGUAACUAUAAAAAUACGAUUUAUAAUACUAACAGUAAUUUUAUAAGAAGCUUCAAAAAAUAAAUUUUCUAUUUAUUCUAUUCUUAUAUAUAUAUAAUAUAUAUUAUGUCACAGACAGCAAAUUUAAUUUGUAAAAUAAUUUUGAUUGAAAAAAUUAGAUGGUAAUUAAGUGAUUAAUUACUGUUAACCAUAAUGAUAAUGAUAAUAGAAGAAGAUAAUGAAACGAACGCCGGCUUCUUAAUAAAUUUCAGCAUUAAAAUUCUAUAUAAAUUCUAAUACUGUAAAAAAAUGCUUUAUUGUUUCUCUACGUGUUCAUACUUUAGCAAAUGUAUUUCUAUUAUAAAAUAUUCUUUUCCCUCCCAAGAAAACACGUAUCAUUUCAAAUCAUCCCCCGUAGUAUGUACGCUCUCUUAUUAUAUGAAAAGAAGGGAAAAAGAGAGAAUGAAAAAAAAGGAAGAAAGAGAGGAAGAAAAAACAAUUUGUAACUACCACAUCCACCACGUUUCAACCAUCCUUCCAAUCGGCGAUGAACAAAGAUAAUGUACCAUAUACAGGAAAAAGUUCUUUGAAAGUAAUGCCAAAGAAGAACGUAUUGUCCCUUUUCUUACAUGUCUUGCCACUAAACAUUGUAUUUCUGAGCUGCGCCAAACGAUUGCGUUCUAGUCAGCCAAUUGCGAAGGGUUUCCCUAAUAAGAACUUUUCUAGAAGUGGGAAUACGAGUAUACGUGUAAGAUUCCUUGGUGUCUGGCUUCACUUUUCGCGCGACACCGUCUCGAUCUACUUUGCAACAUGUGCCGGUCGGAAUAGUUAAAUUUGAUUAGACAAAAUCAUUCGACUAAAAAAAAGGCGGUUUUCCUUUUAAAAUUUCCAAUUGCACGCUAUCUUUAUUUUUAAUUAACUGUUCACUCGAUUUUUAGUUUACUCGGGAGAAUAUAAUUACACGUGCACCGAAACACGCACAAGAUUGUUGCCACUCCUUUUUAUCUAGCUUUUAAUAUAAUUUCCAUCUUGAAUUUUAAAGAACUGCAUUCAUUUUUUCAUUUUCUCUCUUACAUUUUCCUCAAAUUAAUGAUUUAUGAGAGAUUUUAGAAAUAUAAAAUUACACGAAACUAUUUUUGUUAAAUGAUAUUUUCUGUUCUUUCUUCAUUCUUCGAUUUGAUUUUUUUAAUAUAACAAAUUGUCACAUAUAUUUUUUAAAUAAUAAUUUUUUCAAAUGUGGAUAAGGACAGUGGGACAGAAUCAUAGAGUUUUGUGAAUCACAAAUAAUUUUAUCUUUUUAUUGUGACAAUAUUUGUGUGUGCGUGUCUAUAAAAGAUUUGUAUAUCUUCAUAGGUAUAUCAGUGGAGAUGAAACAUAAUAUUUAACAAUUGCAUAACAUGUAUUUGGUGAAAAUCGUAAGUAUGAAUAAUCGAUUUGAUAAAGUGAAAGACCGAGUAAAAUAAAUCACGUGUUUGAUUCUAGUAAAGAAUUAAGUAUAUGCUGAAUAAAAGUAAUCGGAUACAACAUUUUUAUAUUUAGAAUGUAGAUACUAUUGUAUUACAUUAAAACAAUAAUAUUUUAACUUUUAUGCUAAUGCGACUAAGGCAGUUUUGUUCCAAUAUAUCUGUGCCAAAAGAAAGCAAUUUCCCCCCCCCCCCCCCAAAAAAAAAAAAAAUAUUUUUUUAAGGAAUAUUAGACUUAUAAAUGCCUUAGCCACAAAAUGAACUAUUUUCAAAACAAUAACUACUUUAGAUGUAUUAUUAGGAUAGUACUGAAAUCGAAAUCAAUUCUGCGAAUCAGCAAGUAUACGUUUUACAAACUUAGUAAUAGCUAACUAGAGUUUUAUGUCUGUGCAUCAUAUUGUAUAAUCUACUUCUACAUAGUAUAGUAAAGGUAUGAAGUGUUAUGUAAUUUCUAUACCUUUUAUGUGAUAAAUAAUUAAUCCGCAGUUUCCAAAACAAUUUGUCAUAAGAUGGUGCACAAAAUUUGUUGAAGUAUUUAUAGUAUUACACAUUAAAUAUAUGAUAUAUGUUACUUUAUAACAUUUAGAGAAAUUUAAAAGAAAUUGAAAUAUUCCAGAUUUUUCAAAUACAGUCCCUUUACAAACAUAUUUCAAGUCUCGACAAAAUUUUACGAUAUCCUAAACUAUUUAUUAGAUGUAAAAAAUAUAUGUGUGCAAUUUACAUGAAAUAAAAGAUAGCACACUAAUUUUAGUUCUGACUCAGAAAAAUUUCAUUCUGAAUUUUUGUUAACUAUUUUAUUUCAUUGUUUCACUUUCUAUCGCGCUUCUUAUGCCUAUAAUAAUAAACACACACACAAAACCGUAAAACAAAUUCUAAGAAUAUUAAAUGUCACUUAAUCCAUAAAAUAUCCAUAUCCAAAAACCAAACUCAAAUAUAUUUGAAAAGCAACCAUCAAUUUGCUUCACAUCGACUUAAAUCGAUACGAAGAACCUAUCCCUCUUCUCACGCUGUCUCUGGACAAACCAUUACUACCUCCACCAGUUACGCUGGAAGAGAAAGAAAAAAUGGAAGAACUUAGUAGUUGUAAAUCGAGUGAUUCGCAGAAAAAACAGAGAGAAAGCUCGAAGAAGCAACCGACGUUUAAACCAUUCACCAAGAACAGCAGGCCGAAGGUAAUGAUAUCUCGCGACAGUAUCAUUAACAAGAAGAUCAAAGAUUCCUCUGGAUCUCCAAGUUUGUCGUUUAUUGAAGAAUCUUCGAGCGAGCUGCAAGGAACGGAAGAAAAAGAUGCCUGUCACGUGGAACAUUUAUAUUGUAAUGAAAAUGCCACGAAUUUCAAGGAGGAACUGGAUGUUUGUUUGAUCAGUAGCUCCAGCGAAAUUCAAGGAAGUCUUAAAGUGAGCGAGACUUCGAGAGGAAACAAGAAGGUUUUGAAAAAGUUCGAUAGCGCGGUCGAAGAAAAUGAUUUUGAUUGCGCGUCGGAAGAAAGUAUAAUUUCCAAUACAAGGGAAAAACAGACGCCUAUUUUCGUUGAUUUAACAGCUGAUGAGAAAAGCACGCGGAAACAAACGACUUUGAAGCGAUUCUGUGAUGUAAAGGCAGACAUGACGAAUGAAAAGGAAGAUGAGAACGAGAGGUGCACUACGAACAUCACAUUAGAACCUCGAAUUAUAAUAGCAGAUAGUUCAAGCAAAUUAAAUUCUAAUGGAAACAACAGUUUAGUAACUGCUUUACGAAAACGUGGGUCAUGCUUCAUACCGGUACAACCAAAUCGUUCUUUACCUAUUCUUCCGGCACCAUCCGUACCUACGAGAUCCAUUCGAAAACAUUCAUCAUCUUUCAUCUUACCAAAAUCUACCGUGGACGUAGUAGAAGUAGAAUUAAUGAAAUCAAACAUUGAGACAUUGUCGAAUAAAGAAGAUAUUAUUUCUAAAGAACAAAUAAUAUCAAAAGAUACCGCGAGCUCGAUGGCUUACCUUGUUCCACGAAUUUCAAGCGUGGGAAGUCUGAGUAUGAUAAAGAAAAGAAAUGAUAACGACAUGGAACACGAGACUAAUGUUAAAGAAAGAAGGAAGAAAAAAAAAUCGCAGGAAGCAAAUUCUAGACAAAAUAAAGAGGAAUGUAUGGAUAAUUCGAUUAAAGAGUUCCUAACACAUUUCUGUGGCUCGAAUGCAACCGAAGGCGUACACAAUCUUUGUACCGAUAAGUGCAUUAGAGCGACCUCCACAACAAAAGGAGACGAAAGAAAUGGAAAUAAAUUAGUUCCUCCGUUGAGACUGAAAAAAGUCGCGCAUACAGAAACAGAAAGAUACAACGAUUCUCAAAUCGUCACGGGGUCCGAACACGAAUCAAACUAUAGAAUCAUCACAGACACAGCGUCCCAAUCACCACCUAGUCCAAAUUCUAAUAACUGGAACGAUAUACUCUUCGAGAAAGACACAGAUUUUACCACUUUAAAUACCGAUAACUACAAACUAAAGUACAGGCGAAAUAAAAUAAAACAGAAACUGUGUGAAGUACGAAAUAAAGCUUUGGAAUUAGAUAAGCAAAUGGCGGGUGACUCGAACUCUCAACAAAAUAUCAGAUCAAGGCAAGUGAUGAAUUGUUAUGAGAAGCAAAUAGAAAAUCUAUCAAAAUUACAUAACAAACUGUCUGCAGACCUCUCGACCUCUAAGGAAGCGAUUAAUGAAAAUAAUGAUAGCAUGAAUUCUUCUGAUAACAAGUGUCCAUAUAUAAAUUUAAACGAGAGGAACGCAGAUUUUUCAGCGAAUAACAGUUCUCCGGUGUCAUCACCUGAACCACCUAAAUUGUCACCACGAUCAUCUCUGGAUUGUCAUAGUAUUCUGCCAGAAGAGGUCCGAAAUAGUCCACCAAUUUUACCAAAGAUAUGUUUAACUACCUCGUCGAGUCAAGAUUCGGUGGAAGAAGAGCUACAAGUUGUUGAAAGGAAAGUUUGGCCUGUGAACGAAGAAUUGAUGACAUCAACGUUUUCUACAGAUCCACUUCCUGGGGAUUUAACUGAUUCCAUGAACAAAGAUCCUCCAGAUAUUGAGAAACAUGUGCAGACUAUGCCUGUGGGCCAUAAAAAUAAUAUCAAUAUCGAUAUAGAAAGUUCUAAUUCUAGUGUAAAUAAGAGAGCUUUCAAUCAUUCGAACAAGGUUACUCAAUCACCAGAGAACAACAAUGCAGCUCGGGAAAAGAAAGACGAAAGAAAUAAAGGGUUUUCUCAGCGUCGUCUUGUGAUCCAAGAACCAGAAACAAUCAAGUGUUUGGAGUUUCCGGAUGUUGGAACCAUAAUAAGUUCUGUAGCUAAUUGCGUGGAAAUACCAACAACUGUUCAAGAAAACAAAUCGUUUGAGGUGAUAUAUGCUAAACAGUUCUCAUCGUCAAGGAAUCAUACAGUACAACCUAAUUUUUAUGAAUCCAAUCGAGAGGAAGUACCAUUUUCGACAAAUCAUGAAGACAGUAUAAAUUCGCAAAAGGUUUCAUCGAGUUUGGGUCAGCCAACUCAAUUUGAUUCUUCACAAAUGAUGUUGAAUCAGGGGAAGCACGCGUAAGUUAAAUGAAAAAUUAAUAUAUUUUAUUAUCUAUAUCUCUACCUUAUAUUUUAUGCAUACAGGUUGCGACAGAGCCGUAAAGGAGAAGAAAUUCUGGCUGAUUCUGUACAGAAGAGUAACGGGAAUCAUUCUAUAACUGAACAAUUUCCUACUCUUGGUAACUGGUUCGCUCGAAUGUCAAAAAAGCAAGCUUCAAUAACCAAACCCAAAUUACAAGCCACAGAAAAUGUGCCGUUUGUACCAGGAGAAAACACUACACGCCAAAUUUCUGGGUCUGAAAUACCAAAGAUGGUUGGACCUAAUAUCAAUAAUCACAUAAUAAAUUCAACGCCUCAACGCGGUACAGAGAAAUGGCAAUAUCAUCAGCAACAACAACUACAACCUGUUGCAGCAGUUCCUCCCUUACGACCUGGUGUUUGUCCACCACUUCCUAUGACUCAAUUUUACCCGAAUAAUUACUCCAUCGAUCCUUAUAAUAGUGCUGCCUUAAGUUAUCAUCCACCAAUUUGUCCUUACGGUUCUUAUCCAUAUGACUCACGAUUACAUUCGGGUUCCUUACCAUUUCAUUUCCCUGUGCAAGAAAGCUUGCGAUCAAUGCACCAUAUGGAUAAACGUUUCCCCAUAAUACAAGAUCCAGUUGUAAGGUAUCCCUCUCCAUCGACAAGCACUCUACAGCAUUCGGGUAAUUUGGAGUUUGAUCGUCUUCGAGGAAACUCUAGCACUAACAACAUUGGUACCACAACUUGUUUACCAUCGUUAUUUCUAUCACCACCGUCUUUAUCAACUUCUCAUCAGACCCUGCCUCAAAAUUCUUUAAUUGGCUAUACGACAAACAAUCAAUUUUCUCGGAACAGAAUGAUACCGGAUGUUGUUGCCGCAGCAGCAGCCGCUGCUGUUGUCGCUGCUGCUUCCUUUGAUAGGCAACGAGAUACGUUGACUUAUAAUAGAACCGAAACGGAUGCAUUAUCGCCUACUGGUAUUCCAAAUGUCAUUGACAGAGAACCACCUCACGUAUCGGGUGCUACUAGAUCAAUUAUUAAUCGUGACGUAACUAAUUUAACUCAAGAUAGUAAUUUUAACAAAGAAAGUCAUGAAAACACUAAGUAUCAACAAAUGCAAAAUUUUGUAUUCGACCAAUUGGCAUUUGUAAAAACCACGGAUAAUUUUGCGCAAACAAAUUCAGUUAUUAAUAAUGAUGCGCAGUCGACGAUGACGUCUAUUGUUCCAACAGCACAAUAUCGAAUGCCAUUAAUUCCUUCACAUGCACAAUUAUCGAAAAAUGUAUUAGAAACUGGAACUAGGAAUUGCGAGACACCGCAUCUAGGUAAAGUGAAUCGUAGUCCGAAUAGUUCACAUAAUCUCACAUGUUUAAAUUGUGGUAUUAUCGGACCAAAGUUUAAAUGUUUAGGAUGUGAAAUGGCCUUUUAUUGUGAUGAACGGUGCCAAGAGAAACAUUGGUAUAUCCACGUACAAAGAUGCCCAAAGAAAAUGCCAAAAUUAAAGAAAGUUACAUAAAAUUAAUUAGGUUAGAAAUAUAAAUUUCGGAAUAUUGACUUGAUGCACAAAAUGUAUUUUAUGUGGAGUAAAAAAGAUAUUUUUCUAUAGCUUUUCAUACAAAAGUAAACAUACUUUUAAAAUGUAGUAUCAUAUAAUAAUACAACAAUAACAAUAAUAUAUAUGUUUAACAGUUUAUAAUAUAACUUUGUUGUGCAAUAAGACUGGUAUAUUUCGUAUCAUACACAUCUAAUAUAGUAAAGCACUACUACAUUUGCACACAUAUGUACCUGAUACAUGUUUAAUAAAAAAAUAUACCUUGAUUA